GUAAGUUUCAGAUGUAUCUUUUGAUUAGAGAAAUUCUAUUGUUUUUUGUUAGAUUUGUUGCCGGUUCAGCCCUCAGUUUUUCUUUAGCAUCUGUUUUUGCUGUUUUUGUUACACUCCCUUUAAUGUAUAAUUAUGUUGGUAAUGUUAGAAGGCAAUUAAGUGGGGAUAUGCUUUUAUGUCAAGGUUCUUCCUCGGAACUUUGGAGCGAAGUAGAAUUACUAAAACACUCACCCUUCAUCUCACACAGUAAUCGAACAGUUCGGCAAGCAUAUGGAGGCGAAUCAGCACCAGUUACUAGUGGAAAGGCUGGUUGUAAACCUUGCUGCUCGCCUGGACCCCCAGGCCCUCCGGGCAAGCCUGGGGCGAAUGGAAAGAAUGGAAAGCCUGGAGCGGCCGGGGUCCCUGGAACACCGGGACGUGAAGCGGCUGUCUGUGCAACACCUCCCCCAUGCAAGCCUUGUCCAUUAGGGCCUCCAGGGCCAACUGGACCGCCUGGAGCACCUGGAGAUGUUGGGGCUGAAGGAACACCUGGUCGCCCAGGGCCGGAGGGAGCACCUGGAGAGCAGGGACCUAAAGGUCCUCCUGGAUCUCCUGGAGAAAAAGGAUCCCCAGGACAGCCAGGAGAGCCCGGAGCUCCUGCCAACAGUGAACAGCUCGUUCCCGGAGAAGCUGGUCCGCCAGGCGAAUUAGGCCCGCCCGGACCACCUGGUCCACCGGGACAGCCUGGAGCACCCGGAGUGCCUGGGGCUUCUGGACCUAAAGGUCCAAAUGGCCCUGAAGGCCCGCCUGGUCCAGAAGGCAAACCUGGAGCGCCUGGACCCCCAGGAGGUGUUGGUCAAUCAGGCGAAAAGGGGAUAUGUCCAAAAUAUUGUGCAAUUGAUGGUGGUGUAUUUUUUGAAGAUGGAACAAGAAGAUAA